CCCUUCUUUUCAUGUCAUAGACAUACUUACACACACCCAUCUCUAUCUCCUCCAUCACCACCAAACUAAACGCACUUAUUCACUUCCUCACAUGGCCGACGAACAACCUCAACCGAACAUGGCCGCAACAAAGGAGCGACUCCGCACAAGAUGCUGCUACUGUCUCUGCCACACCUUCUGGGUCCUCGUAGUCCUCAUAAUCAUCCUGGCCAUGCUCGUGAUAUUGGUGUUGUACAUCAUCAUCACGCCUCGCUCCUUCAGGUUCCACGUCACCGAAGCCAGGCUCACGCAAUUCGACUACAACGCCAACAACACCACCCUCCGCUACGACCUCCUCCUCAACAUCACCGCCACCAACCCCAACAAGAAGCUAAAGAUCUACUACGACGUCGUUCAGGCCACCGCGCUCUACCGCGCCGUUAACCUCUCCACAACGGACGUUAACAUGCCAUGGAACUCCUACCUCCAGUACAAGAAGACCACUAACCGCUUCAGCGCCGUUUUCUCCGGUCAACGUUUGGUGCUGCUCAAUCGCAACCAGGUUUCGGAGUUUCGUGAAGAUAACGAAGAUGGGGUUUUCCCUAUUCGUAUUAAGAUACGCUUCAAAAUUAGGUUCAGGAUUUGGACCUUUCAGAUUGGGUACUUCAAUGCCAGAGGCACGUGUAAGCUCAACGUUCCGUUGGCUUCUUCAAGUGGCAAAACGGUGGCUGCGUUUGACCCCACCAAGUGUCAAAUUGAUUUCGGAAUCUGAGCUAUGGAGUGGGGUAUACUACGUUGUUGUUGAUGAUUUCUACGCGCAUUGUUUGUAAAUGUGUGAUUGAUCCAUGUAUGUUAUUAGCUGUACAUAAAUUAUUUUUAUAAUGAUGAUGAAACACUGUUGAUUUUAAA